AAUCUUUUCAUGAUUUCACUAUCAUGCAACUAUCCACCAGUUCCAUUACGUUCCGUUCUGUUCAUGAAUAAUUUUCCAACCUUUCUCCCAGGGAGGGGUUCAACGUUCAAAUCAGCGGCAGCCCUCACGCACUCGUUACGCUGGUUCGUGCUGCUUGGUGGGGUUUGUUUGUGGUGCGUAGUUGUUUUGCGCAAAGCCAGAGGGAGGUGGCCCUGAGAAGAGUUGUCGUCGGAUGAUAGUGAUACUAUCGCGGAUCGUCCCAGAUUCUUGCGAAUCUUGGCCGCUUUAGGUGUUUUUGAAGUUGUUGUGUGGAAGAGGCAGGCUUUGUGCGAAAGGCAAAGUGCAAUCGAGUUGGUGUAUCACGCAGUUUGCUUGUUCCGUUGUUCGCUCCAAUGAUUUGCAGAAGAUUAACCUUGAUAGCGAGCAGAUAUCGUGUGGGGCAAUAUUGGAGUGAUAAGGCGUUCAGCAACAAAUCUUCUUCUUCUUCUUCAGCUAAUUCAGCAAAAUCAGCUGACAUCCACCCAAAACAACAACAAACGCCAUCUAGGAUGAGUGGAUUCAACACGAUCGCUCGACCUUCGGAGCACGGGAAGCUGCUGGAUAACAAGACUUACUUCCCCGAUCCACCGGCACGCGGCCCACUGACCCGGUACCGGCAGCAGGCAACGGUCGAUUGGCGUAAGGUGAAACUGGCACUGAACGAUGAGGCCUCGCUGGUACUACAACACCGAGUAUGGAGCUUUGCCAGUAAGCAUCCGCUCUUUGUCCAUCCAAACCAUGUGCUCACGAUGGACGAGGAGCGCCACCUUGCAACGAAGCGGAUGUAUGUGGUCCAGAACGAGCGUAUGUUCACGAUCGUCGACUACCUGGAACGACCGGAUCUAGCACCACACUAUCACCAGUCGUGGAUCGCCUACGAACCCAGCAUGGCCGUUAAGUACUCCCUCGGUUUCGGUAUGUUUCCCUCAGUCAUCAGGACACUAGAUGUGGGCCGGUUGGAUGACAUCGUCGAAAGAAAUGCGGCCGGCGAGUAUCUGGGUGCGUUUGGAUUGACUGAGAUUGCUCACGGUACGAACGCGAAGGGUAUGCGUACGACGGCAACGUAUGAUCCGGCGGCCGGUGAGUUCGUGCUACAUACACCGGAUUUUGAGGCAGCCAAAUGCUGGAUCGGCAACCUGGGCAAAACCUGUACCCACCUCAUCGUGUACGCUCAGCUCUACACCGCCGACGGACAGCACCAUGGAUUGAAUGCGUUCGUCGUACCGGUAAGGGAUCCGGCUACACUACAGGCGUACCCCGGGGUAACGGUCGGUGAUCUCGGUCCGAAGGCGGGCCUGCAGGGAGUAGACAAUGGCUUCGUGAUGUUCCGGCAGUAUCGCAUACCGCGCGAAAACCUUUUGGCCAGGACGGGGGAUGUGGAUGCGGAGAGUGGUGCCUUCGUCUCACCGAUCAAGGAUCCUAGCCGCCGGUUCGGUGCAUCACUCGGAGCGCUCUCCGGGGGCCGCGUCAGCAUCUGCGGUAUCGCCAAUGUGUACCUUACGAAGGCGAUCAGCAUUGCGUUGCGCUAUUCGGCCGCUCGAAAGCAAUUCGGACCGGACGAUGGUAGCGACGAGGAGUGGCCUGUUCUCGAAUAUCAGUCGCAACAAUUCCGCCUGUUCCCACAUCUGGCCGCAAACUUUGUGGUACGAGUGUUCAACCUAUGGUUCGCCAAAGCAUACGGUGAUAUGCAGCUAGCGAUGCUGGGAGGAGAGAAUGUGGCCAGCAUCGGUAUGGAAGUGCAUGCGCUAUCGUCGGCCGCUAAACCCGUCUGCACCUGGGCAGCCCGCGAUGGUGUGCAGGAGUGCCGUGAAGCGUGCGGUGGCCACGGUUACUUGAAGUUGUCGACGAUCGGUGAUCUACGCGGUAACAACGACCCCAACUGUACAUACGAGGGCGAGAACAAUGUGCUCAUCCAGCAGGCCUCCAACUGGUUGCUUAGCGUACGGGCUAAGGGCAACGAUCGGUUUGCUCAAGUGUCACCACUCGGAUCGGCCACAUUCCUCGCUCACUGCGACCAAAUACGGGGUCGACGGGCUACCUGGGCUACGGCAGCGGAAGCCGGCAUAUUAUCCAAUCUGAUCAGCGCGAUGGACUGGCUGGUGGCGUAUCUGCUGGAGGAAACGUACCACAAAGUGACGGAACUGAAACAACGAGGCAAAUCUUCAUUCGAAGCGCGCAACGAUUCACAAUCCUACUACGCGCGGACACUUUCGAUCGCUUACGGUGAGCGUAUGUUGUUGCAAGUGUAUAGCAACUUUUUGGCGAAUCUGGAACCCGGUAGCGAGCGGCAGACACUGGAACGGCUCGGUGUCCUGUACGGUGCCGGUAUUGCGCUCAAGCACGCCGGACUGUUCUAUCAGGGUGGUUACUUUGCGCAGCAACCAAACGGAAUGGCACUACUGCAGCAGGUGGUACUUGAUCUGCUGCCGCUGAUCAAACGCGAGGCGAUCGCGCUGGUAGAUGCGAUCGCACCACCAGAUUUCAUUCUAAAUUCACCGCUCGGUAUGAGCGAUGGGGACGUAUAUCGGCACAUGGAAUCGGCUAUCAUGCAGGCACCAGAAGCACUCGAGCGGCCCAAAUGGUGGCGUGACGUCGUGCACCGUGACUAUAUCCAAUCGAAGCUGUGAGCUGUAAAGGGAAGAUGGUGGUGGAAAAAGGAACAAAUUAUUUGUUGUUAAUAGAUUAGUUAUAUUCCUUAAAUAUCAUUAUUUUAGUUUUGAUAAUAUACAAGCCAAAUAAUAAAGGUGCGAGGACCAGGACUGGACCAGGGCUGGGUUGUUGCGGGAUUUUCUACAACUGGUUGGUCUCAUCUUAUUUGAAAAGAAAGCUUUUAAGAU